AACUUCAAACCAGGUAGUGCCCAACGAAGAUUGGAAGUUGGUUCCCUCUGCACCACUUUUCGAGUCUUCUCCGACUCAGACGGCCGGCGACAUGCUCCUCCUUGACGGCGACCUUGUCCUCUCCUCCUCCGGAGGCGCCGGCGCCGCCUCUCGCACGGGCGGCAGCGGGAGGGAGCUCGUGGCGGCGCUCUUGGAGAGCCCCAGGAUCCGCGACGCGGCCGACCGGCUCAAGGCCACGCCGGAGAGGCGGAUCUCGGCGGGGCAGGAGGGGGCGCCGAGGCACGUCUACGUGUUCCAGCGGGAGUACGCCACGGUGGAUCCGGCGCGCGUCGAGUUAGUGGGCACAGAUGAGGCGACUACAUGCAUUGGUGUUGUAAUUCGCAACAACAAGACUGGAAUGACCUCCGUUAGCCAUAUGGAUUUCCCAAAAAUUGUGGAGGGAGGGAUCAAGCAGAUGUUAGAAUUACUUGGUGAUGACAAUGCACCAUUUGAUGUUCACCUUAUUGGUGGCUUUGCUGAUGCUUCCACAAAGGUAGUCCGUUCCUCUGGAAAGAAACACAUCAAACAGGAAGGGUAUUCCUAUCCACUAUGUUGCAAAAUAGUUGAAGUGCUGCAUAAGUCCCAGCAACAAUUCCACCUUCGGUCAUUUUGUGUCCUUGAGAAUAACACGAAGACUGAUUCAUUUGGAAAUGCACUACCUAUAAUUGGUGGAUUUGUGGUUGAAACCUCAUCUGGAGUUGUCAUACCAGCAACCUUUGACUUGGAUUCAAGAUGCCCAGAUGAAGUUGUUAGGAGGAUUCGUGUGAGUGUUAGUUCUUAUGAUCCAACUUGGCAAGGAAGGUUGCUGGAGACUUACGAUACUCAGUGUGAUGUUUUUCAAAUUGCACCUGCCUGCUGGAUGCCAGAUUGGGCCGAUAUAGCAUCCUCGCUUGACCAGCUUUCGGACUCUGAAGUCCUGUUGCAAUGCUCCACCUCUCCAGCUGCAGAGCCACCUCACUUUGUGGAAAAUGAAAGAAGGAUCUGGAAAUACUUGAUCAAUAACCCGGACUGGGAAGAAACAUUCCCAAAACACAGGCCCCGGGUUUUCCAUAGGACCAGUGACGGAAGCUGGUCAAGGUACUCAUAGAGUCAUAGUGCAAGCCAAGGGUUUCCAUUAUCAUUGGUGCUCCCACACAUGGAACCAGAACGGAAGCCUCCCUCUGCCUUGAUUAGAUCUCCAUUUCCACGUGACACUGUGCUUGGGGGUACCCCAUGAGUCAUUGAUUGACUGAUUCUCUCAGCUCCAUGUGUUAACCUUGGCUGGUUGGUAAUUGCUAUGGAUCAUGUCGUUGUUUUGUGGACUCAGUAGAUAUACGUCGACAUGUUGCCGAUAGCGAUCAUGUUUGGUGUAUGAGAUAAAACUGUUGGAGAGAGAAAAGAUAUACAAACUGUUUUUUAUAUAAAUGAUUCUCCAAAUGAUGAUUUGAAAA